AUGUGGCUCCUGGAGCGGCUGCGCGGGGUGGCGGAGAACGGCGGCUCCCGGGGCGCGGGGACAGACGAGUCCUCACGGGGAUCCCGCUACAGCAACGUCCUCACCCCCGACAAGAUCCCCGACUUCUUCAUCCCGCCCAAGCUGAGCGCGGCACCCGCCGAAGCUGAGGGCUCCGAGGUGCCCGCAGGGGCCGCUCUGGGCGCCUCCGUGUCGGAGCAGGACCUGGCCAAGCGCAAAGCCCCGCGCAGCCCCCGCCCGUCCAGCCGCUCCCGGUCCCGCACCAGCGGGCGGCACAUCAUCCAGAUCGAGACCGCCGAGGACUGGACCGAGGGCGGCACCAACGUGGACCCGCAGGCACAGACGGCCAUGUCGCUGCCCUACGUGCCCAAGGCUCAGACCUCCUACGGCUUCGCCACGCUGAUGGAGAGCCCGCACACCCGGCGCAAAGAGUCCCUGUUCCACAGCGAGCACAGCAGCCUCUGCCCCUCGCCCGUCACCUCGCCCGGCGCCCAGCGCAAAGCCAAGCUCAACGGCGACAGCGGCCGCCGGACACCGGCGGAUCUCGGCGCCGCCCUGAUGCACCCCGGCCGGUAUUUCAGCGGCGGAGAGAGCGACACGUGCUCCUCGGCCGAGUCCUCACCCUUCGGCUCCCCGCUGCUCUCCCGCUCCGUGUCCCUGCUGAAGCUCUUCAGCCAGGAGAGCCAGUCCAAGGUGAUCAAGCUGAAGCACUCGGUGGCCCGCAACAGCUCGCUGAGCACCGACGACAGCUCUGCCGACACCAGCCCCAGCGCCCAGCGCCGCUCCAGGAGCGCCCCGGCCGGCACGCAGCCUCCGACCGCCGUGCUGCCCCUGGAGCUGCCCGCGGGCCGGGACCGGGACCGGGAGCACAGCCUGCGGCUGAGCCGGGGCGGGAGCCUCCGCCUGGCCGCCGAGUACGACCCCUCCAACGCCCGGCUGCGAGUGCGCCUCGUCUCGGCCGAGGACCUCUACGAUGCCCUCGUCGACCUGCGCAGCAUCAACUGCUGCGUCUCGCUGUGCCUCAACCCCGGCAAGCUGCAGAAGCAGCGCAGCACCAUCGUCAAGAACAGCCGCAACCCCGUCUUCAACGAGGACUUCUUCUUCGAUGGGCUGGGCCCCGGGCACGCCAGGAAGAUGUCCCUGAAGCUCAAGGUGGUCAACAAGGGCAGCAGCCUUAAGCGGGACACGCUGCUGGGGGAGAAGGAGCUGCCGCUCACCGCCCUCCUGUCCUGCCUGUAGGUACCUGCUGCCAGCCCCGAGGGAGCCCUCCCGCCUGUGGGGCCGGCUCUGUCCCCCAGCCCCGCUGCAGGAGGGUUUGGAAGAGCCCCCCGAGGAGGGCCGGGGUCGUGGCAGAGUGUGGGGGUCCCCAGGAACGGUGCAGAGUGUGGGGGUCCCCAGGAAUGGGGCUCUGCCAACACCAGCUGGCAGCCACAGCCUCUGCCCCUGCUCCCUCCCUGCUCCUGCCCCGGGGCUGCAUCUCCUGGAGCCCAGCAGAAAGUGGGGAGCCUCCAGCCCAUU